UUACAUCACUUCCGGUGUCUGCCUCUCUCAGAAAGGAAAAUGGCGGCUUUCGGACGCUUCACUCAAGCUUUGCUGAGGUCUUCUUUGACCCAGACCCGGCGUCAGCUUUCUGCUGCUGCCGGUGCACACGGCGAGCAAGCAGCAAGGACAUGGAAGAUUCUCAGUUUCGUGGUUGCCCUGCCUGGUGUUGCAGUGUGUAUGCUGAACACGUUCAUGAAGGAGCACAGCCACGAAAACCCAGAAUUUGUCCCUUAUUCCCACCUGCGCAUUCGCUCUAAGCGAUUCCCUUGGGGAGAUGGUAACCAUUCACUUUUCCACAACUCCCAUGUGAAUGCUCUUCCUGACGGCUAUGAGGGUCACGAUGAGUAAACCUUCCUCCAGAUCUCACAACUGGGACCAGUCCUCCCUCUGCAUUGUUACCGGACCAUAAAUACUCCUGUUCCGCAGUUUACUUGAGUCAUUUUAUUUGUUUACCUCUGUGCUCUCAACAUGAGGCACCUGAAUCACAGUUGACUUUCUCUGGACCAUUAGACAAAAUUGUCAGUGUAAACUAACAUAAAUAAAGUAACUAUUAUUACCUCAA